UUGCAGAUACAAAAGGUGCUGCUGCUUCAAUAUUUUCUAUUCUUGAUAGAAAGUCACAAAUAGAUGCUAGUGAUGAAUCUGGCAUGACAUUGGAAGAAGUCAAUGGAGAAAUUGUUUUAAACCAUGUUAGUUUCAAGUAUCCUACCAGACCUGAUGUUCAAAUAUUCAAAGAUCUUUGCUUGACCAUUCACAGUGGCAAGACUGUUGCACUGGUUGGAGAAAGUGGAAGUGGAAAAUCAACAGUGAUCUCACUACUACAAAGAUUUUAUGACCCGGACUCGGGAAACAUUACACUGGAUGGAAAAGAAAUCCAAAGACUGCAAGUGAAAUGGCUAAGACAGCAGAUGGGCCUGGUAAGCCAAGAGCCAGUACUGUUUAAUGAAACUAUUAGAGCUAACAUUGCAUAUGGAAAAGGAGGAGAUGCAACAGAAGCAGAAAUCAUAGCUGCAGCAGAACUAGCAAAUGCCCACAAUUUCAUUAGUGGUUUGCAGAAGGGUUAUGACACGAUAGUCGGGGAGCGAGGAGUUCAAUUAUCUGGGGGACAGAAGCAGCGGGUGGCAAUUGCGCGAGCUAUUGUGAAGAAUCCAAAGAUAUUAUUACUAGAUGAAGCCACCAGUGCACUUGAUGCCGAGUCUGAAAAAGUGGUUCAGGAUGCACUUGACCGUGUUAUGGUAGACCGAACCACAAUAGUAGUGGCUCAUAGGUUAUCUACUAUUAAGGGUGCAGAUUUAAUUGCAGUGGUUAAGAAUGGUGUUAUAGCAGAGAAGGGAAAGCAUGAAGCAUUACUCCAUCAGGGAGGUCAAUAUGCUUCCUUAGUAGCAUUGCACACAAGUGCUUCUUCAUCUUAUGCGGGUCAAGAAUUUGCAGAUACAAAAGGUGCUGCUGCUUCAAUAUUUUCUAUUCUUGAUAGAAAGUCACAAAUAGAUGCUAGUGAUGAAUCUGGCAUGACAUUGGAAGAAGUCAAUGGAGAAAUUGUUUUAAACCAUGUUAGUUUCAAGUAUCCUACCAGACCUGAUGUUCAAAUAUUCAAAGAUCUUUGCUUGACCAUUCACAGUGGCAAGACUGUUGCACUGGUUGGAGAAAGUGGAAGUGGAAAAUCAACAGUGAUCUCACUACUACAAAGAUUUUAUGACCCGGACUCGGGAAACAUUACACUGGAUGGAAAAGAAAUCCAAAGACUGCAAGUGAAAUGGCUAAGACAGCAGAUGGGCCUGGUAAGCCAAGAGCCAGUACUGUUUAAUGAAACUAUUAGAGCUAACAUUGCAUAUGGAAAAGGAGGAGAUGCAACAGAAGCAGAAAUCAUAGCUGCAGCAGAACUAGCAAAUGCCCACAAUUUCAUUAGUGGUUUGCAGAAGGGUUAUGACACGAUAGUCGGGGAGCGAGGAGUUCAAUUAUCUGGGGGACAGAAGCAGCGGGUGGCAAUUGCGCGAGCUAUUGUGAAGAAUCCAAAGAUAUUAUUACUAGAUGAAGCCACCAGUGCACUUGAUGCCGAGUCUGAAAAAGUGGUUCAGGAUGCACUUGACCGUGUUAUGGUAGACCGAACCACAAUAGUAGUGGCUCAUAGGUUAUCUACUAUUAAGGGUGCAGAUUUAAUUGCAGUGGUUAAGAAUGGUGUUAUAGCAGAGAAGGGAAAGCAUGAAGCAUUACUCCAUCAGGGAGGUCAAUAUGCUUCCUUAGUAGCAUUGCACACAAGUGCUUCUUCAUCUUAGUACCACUUUCAGCUUGUUGGUACUUUUAUCUAAGCAAAAUCAGAUGCACAGGAUUUAUGUCCUUAGUAAUUUGGCAAGUUUAAAUAGUAAAUAGUAAAUAGUAAAUACCACUCUGAAUGGCUUUAUGUUUCACUUUUUCUCAAAUGUUGUUACAUAUAAUUCUCACUUGCAGUGACAGCUUCAUAAAUUAUAAGUUGUGAGGCAACACAUGUAAAAUUAUAUAAUUGAAAAAUAAUUUAUUACUUUUUAAAAUUUAAUAUAUA